UGGAACGCUCAGACGCCGCGCAGGGCGGGGAUUGGCUCGCUCCCUUCCUGUGCGUUCGCUGCCGCGGUUCGUGGGACACCUGCUUGCUGUGCCCGGUGUGGUGCUCAGCUCCCAACUCGAGCUCCGCGGCGCGGGAAGAAAGGCCGUGCGUCCCCGGCCUCCGACGGGAACCGCGCUGAGCGUUCGCAGGGCAAGAUGAGCGCGGACGCGGCGGCCGGGGAGCCCCUGCCCCGGCUCUGCUGCCUGGAGAAGGGUCCGAACGGCUACGGCUUCCACCUGCACGGAGAGAAGGGCAAGGUGGGCCAGUUUAUCCGGCUGGUGGAGCCCGGCUCGCCAGCCGAGAAGUCGGGGCUGCUGGCCGGGGACCGAUUGGUGGAGGUGAACGGCGAGAAUGUGGAGAAGGAGACGCAUCAGCAGGUGGUGAGCCGCAUCCGCGCGGCGCUGAACGCCGUGCGCCUGCUGGUGGUCGACCCCGCGACGGACGAGCAUCUCAAGAAGCUGGGCGUCCCGGUCGGGGAGGAGCUGCUGCGCGCCCAGAAGUCCGAACAAGCCGAGCCGCCGGCCGCCGCUGACGCACCGGAGGCUGGAGACCAGAACGAGACCGAAAAGAGCCACCUGGAGCGGCGUGAGCUCCGGCCUCGGCUCUGCACCAUGAAGAAAGGUCCCAAUGGCUAUGGCUUCAACCUGCACAGUGACAAGUCUAAGCCAGGCCAGUUCAUCCGAGCAGUGGACCCAGACUCACCAGCAGAGGCCUCUGGACUCCGGGCCCAGGACCGCAUUGUGGAGGUCAAUGGUGUCUGCAUGGAGGGCAAGCAGCAUGGAGACGUGGUGUCCGCCAUCAAGGCUGGAGGGGACGAGGCCAAGCUGCUGGUGGUAGACAAGGAAGCCGAUGAGUUCUUCAAGAAGUGCAAAGUGAUCCCAUCCCAGGAACACCUGGAUGGCCCCUUGCCUGAGCCCUUCACCAAUGGAGAGAUACAGAAGGAGAGCAGCUGUGAAGCCCUGGUAGAGGCAGCUUCAGAGAGCCCCAGGCCAGCCCUGGCAAGAUCUGCCUCCAGCGAUACCAGUGAGGAGCUAAAUUCCCAAGACAGCCCCAAGAGACAGGAGUCCACCGAGCCCUCAUCUACCUCCUCCUCCUCUGACCCCAUCUUGGACUUCAACAUCUCCCUGGCUGUGGCUAAAGAGAGAGCCCACCAGAAGCGCAGUAGCAAGCGGGCCCCGCAGAUGGACUGGAGCAAGAAAAAUGAACUGUUCAGCAACCUCUGAGCACCUGAUCACCCGCUGGCCAGUGCUGGAAGGUGGAGCCACCCAUCCACCUGAUCUAGCUCCCCCUUUCCUCCCCAGUUGCCCACCAAUCAACAUUCAAAUCAGCAUCAGCACCCCACCUCACCCCACUUCCUGACAAAUGAUUUUCCUAGGAAUUCUUUUCUUCCCUUACCUUAGGGAAGGGGAAUGUUUCUGUCCUGCCCCCUCACUCCUCCCUGAGGGCUUCCUCCUACCAAGUGUCCCCUCACCAGUCUGCCUAGGACAUCCCUGGGAUCCUCACCAAGAAAG